GUGUCUGACUGUUUACAUCUCGUUUCGGGGGGCCGACAGAUAUUCUCCUCCAGCAUGGUGUCGGUGUGGAAUUAUCGCUCUCUGGACCUUUGAGAAAUAAACGCGGCGAGCGCUAAACGGUGACCCGGCUUUGAGCCAUGGGAGGCCAGAUAACCCGAAACGCCUUGUACGACUCUCUAGGUGGACCAUUUCCCUCAACAGCUCACCGAUGCCAUCACAAGCCCAAGCGCUGUUUGCCCUUGCAUCAGUGUGGAGGUGUCCUUAUGAGCCCCCUUCUUUUCCACCCCAAUGCGAAAGGGUCUCAGAUAGUCAUGGAUCUAGCACAGAGAAGCGUCAAACGACAGGCCAGCUUCUGCAACGCCAUCACGUUCAGCAACCGGCCCAUUGCUCUUUAUGAGCAAGUCCGCUUAAAGAUCACUAAAAAGCAGUGCUGCUGGAGUGGUGCUCUGCGCCUGGGUUUCACUUCUAAAGAUCCAUCUCGAAUCAACCCUGACAGCCUGCCCAAAUACGCCUGCCCUGACCUGGUAUCCCAGAGUGGAUUCUGGGCUAAGGCCCUACCAGAGGAGUUUGCAAAUGAAGGAAACCUCAUUUCCUUCUGGGUGGAUAAGAAGGGAAGAGUAUUUUACCGCAUCAAUGAUUCCAGUCCCAUGCUGUUCUUCAGUGGCGUUCGGACCACCGAGCCAUUGUGGGCCCUCAUUGAUGUCUACGGUCUGACCAGAGGAGUGCAAUUGCUGGAGAGUGAAGUCGUACCUCCAGACCUUCUCCGGCCACGAUCCUUCACCACAGUACGUGGAUCCACCUCUUUAAGACGUGAAGCAGACACCUCCCGUCUGUCCGUCAGCCUUUGUGAUCUAAACCUGCCACAAGAUGACUCCAGGCUUCGACUCCCUCCUGCUCCCGUCACUUGUCCCAUUCCUCAAAACUCCAUGAACUCCCAGCAGUCGUCACUGCUUCCUCACACCUUGGAAUGUGACAUUCGUUUCCACCAGCUCCGAGGUGCCCACAUUAAAAUCCUCAAUGAACAGACCGUGGCACGAUCUGAACACAACCGCGAAGAACGCACAUUGGUCUUCACAGAUCGCCCGUUAAGAAUUGGCGAAACCAUCUUCAUCAAAGUCAUUAAGUCCAGUCCUGCUCGAUUUGGGUCCCUCUCAUAUGGCGUGACAUCCUGUGACCCAGCAGUGCUUCGUCCUAGCGACCUCCCUUACAAUCCUGAAGCGCUGGUAGACCGUAAGGAGUUCUGGGCGGUGUGUAGGGUGCCUACUGCUUUGCAAAGUGCUGAUAUACUGGGCUUCCUGGUCACCCAGGAAGGGGAAGUAAUUCUGAGCCAUAAUGGCACCAAUGUGGGGAUGCAGGUGUGCGUGGACAACUCAAGACCACUCUGGAUGUUCUUUGGACUGCAUGGUGCUGUCACACAGCUGAGGAUUCUGGGCUCCACUUUCUUGGGUGAUGCUCGUGACCCGUCCAGCCCUGGUUCGCCCUCUGCCUCUCCCUCAGGCCUGUGUGGUGGAAGUCCAGAGCCCAGUCUUCAUGAACGUGGUUGUUCUGCUGCCUUCUGCAGCUCCACUGAAGGAACGACACCCAACUCGCCCAUCAAUCUCCCCAAAUCACCAACUUUCCCAUCUGCCUCAGGCUCAUGGCUGGACGAGUGCUCUAUCUGCUAUGAAAACACAGUGGAUACCGUCAUCUACACCUGCGGACACAUGUGUCUCUGCUACACCUGCGGCCUGCGUCUCAAAAAAAUGGCCAACGCAAGCUGUCCCAUCUGUAGGAGGGCUAUCAAAGACAUUAUAAAGACCUACCGGAGCACUUAGGGGAACUCCCUCAACCCCACCCCGCAAAACCCACGUUUCAAAAGGGCCAUUAAGGAUCUCUAAUAGAUCUCUGUUUCAAGAGAGGGUCGGUGUCACAGUUCAGGGACUUUCUCUGGCACUGCAUGGGUCUCCGUUUCCCAACGCGAUGACUUUUGUACUCUUGAAGGCUCAGGCAUCCAUUCACAAAGGUCUGUUGUAUUUCAUGCUCAAGUCUCUGUUGCUAUGGUAACCAGUGAUGUUGCUGCUCCUUAAAAGCAUCUGGCUAACGUAAAUCAUGGACAGUAUCUCAUCGAAUUCAGGUGACACGCUCCGUGAGCCAUAGCAAACUGCAGUAAUCUCAUUCAUAGCGUCGCUGCAUAUCCUUUAAAGCUGGAAUCAUAUUCAAUAGGGAGUGUUACAGUCUCUCUUAUCUUUCCUCUGCUGUCCUUGGAGUUAGUCAGAUCAGCUAAGGCACUGAUGAAAUUCACACAAAAAAAGAAAGAGGUCUCAGUGUUUCACAAUUUUUGUCUGUGCUGAGCUGAGACGAACAUUACUAGAAGACAAAAUACAGAUGUAAAGGUACAGUGCUUCUCAUACCUCGCCAUUUCAUGCUAGCGUUAGCCUGCUAGCUGAACGCUUACCCAUAUUAAUGAUCUGGAGGUCUCAUUGUGCAUUGAUGACUAUUUGAUCAUGUGUUUCGUAAUGUAAUCUGAAGCUUUGGUAGGUAGCAGGUGAAAUGGUCCGCUAUAAUUUUGCUUAUGCGUGUGUGCGUGUGUGUGUGUGUUCAAAAAACAGGACGUUGUGGUAAAAUUAAAGAGAUAUCAUUUGUUAAAACAAUACACAGGAAUGAUUAACCAAUGAGUCAGAUUGUUAUAUAACAAGUCGUUUCCAGAUAAAUAACAUUAAAAUUGGAUAUUUGCAUUGAUCCAAUGGUGCUGGCAAAUGUAAUUGCCAUAGAGUAGUGCGGUUAAAAUGGAGCACCUCAUCUCACGACCCCAAAAACAUGUUGGCCCAAUCAAAUCUUGAUUUACUGUGAACUUGUUCUUGACUGUCGAUCCAAACACGCAAGCUCUGGGUUUUUCUGUGAAAGCAAUUGCAAUGUUGCCAUGGAGAGCAAAAUCUAGGAAGUAGGAAAACAGCCUCGAGGCAUUAACCAAUGAAAGAGUCAUUUAUGGCGAGAGGAUAUUUGAUUUGCCCAGUUAAUCCAUAUUUCCAGCAACCCCCCACAGCUGACAGUUUGCGUAGACCAAAAAAAUGGUGUGCCUGUGUGGGGAUAAUAGCGAGCUCAGGUCACUGAUGAAAUACCAAAUUGAUUAAAAUGAAACACAUUAGGAAAACAGGUGGAACAUAGCCAUAAGGCUGGCUCUGUGUCCUGUGCUGAGAAAGAAAAAGAGUAAAAAAAAAAAAAAGUCUGUGUUAGCACUGUUGUUUUUUGGGCUGCACAAUAUUUUGAAUAUAUAUAUAUAUACAUGCUACAAAUGUGUGUAUAGAUGAAGUCAGAAUUAUAAGCCCCCUGAGUUAUUAGACCAACUGUUUAUUUUUUUCCCCAAUUUCUGUUUAACGGAGAGCAGAUUUUUUUCUACACAUUUCUAAAAAUAAUAGUUUUAAUAACUCAUUUCUAAAAACUGAUUUCUUUUAUCUUUGCCAUAAAGACAGUAAAUAAUAUUUGACCAGAUAUUUUUCAAGACACUUCUAUCCAGCUUAAAGUGACAUUUAAAGGCUUAACUAGGUUAAUUAGGUUAACUAGGCAGGUUAGGGUUGUUAGGCAAGUUAUUGUAUGAUGGUUUGUUCUGUAAUCGAAAAAAAUAGCUUAAAGGGGCUAAUAAUUUUGUCCUUAAAAUGGUGUUUAAAAAAAUAACUGCUUUAAUUCUAGCCGAAAUAAAACAAAUGAGAUUUUCUCCAGAAGAAAAAAAUAUUAUCAGACAUACUUUAAAAAUGUACUUGCCCUUUUAAACAUAAUUUGUGAAAUAUUAAAAAAA